GAUAGGCCACGCCUUUCCAAAGUCUCGGCCACACAAGGACUUUGCGGCUGCGGGCCUAAUGUGGCCGGCGCUCUUGGCUGGAUUGCCGGAGAAGGCAUCCGCCAGGAGUCGGCUCUCAAAGGCUUUACCAGAGAACGCGGCGAGCCAGGUCUACAGCUCGCCCAGCCGGGCCUCCACUCCGGCAGUCUAAAUGAACUUCCACUUAACCGAGCUCCUUUCCCUGCAUCCCCCGCGGUGGUGGUAUGACGUAACUUCCGGCCGCUGAACGCACGUGGGAGGAAGUGCUGGUGCCCGCGGCUGCCGCUCCUGCUAGUCUCGUUGGUUACACUCUCCCGCUGGCCCGGCUGCUGUUUCGAGCUGCCCGCUGGUCAUGGGAGUCCCGGCGUUCUUCCGCUGGCUCAGCCGCAAGUACCCGUCCAUCAUUGUCAACUGCGUGGAGGAGAAGCCAAAAGAAUGCAACGGUGUAAAGAUUCCAGUUGAUGCCAGUAAACCUAAUCCAAAUGAUGUGGAGUUUGAUAAUCUGUAUUUGGAUAUGAAUGGGAUCAUCCACCCCUGCACUCAUCCUGAAGACAAACCAGCACCAAAAAAUGAAGAUGAAAUGAUGGUUGCAAUUUUUGAGUACAUUGACAGACUUUUCAAUAUUGUAAGACCAAGAAGACUUCUCUACAUGGCAAUAGAUGGGGUGGCACCACGUGCAAAAAUGAAUCAGCAGCGUUCAAGGAGGUUCAGAGCAUCAAAGGAAGGAAUGGAAGCAGCAGUUGAGAAGCAGCGAGUCAGAGAGGAAAUACUUGCAAAAGGUGGCUUUCUUCCUCCAGAAGAAAUAAAAGAAAGAUUUGACAGCAACUGUAUUACCCCAGGAACUGAGUUCAUGGACAAUCUUGCUAAAUGCCUUCGCUAUUACAUAGCUGAUCGUUUAAAUAAUGACCCUGGGUGGAAAAAUUUGACAGUUAUAUUAUCUGAUGCUAGUGCACCUGGUGAAGGAGAACACAAAAUCAUGGAUUACAUUAGAAGACAAAGAGCCCAGCCUAACCAUGACCCAAAUACUCAUCAUUGUUUGUGUGGAGCUGAUGCUGAUCUAAUUAUGCUUGGUCUUGCUACACAUGAACCUAACUUCACCAUAAUCAGAGAAGAAUUCAAACCAAAUAAACCUAAACCAUGUGCUCUUUGUAAUCAGUUUGGACACGAGGUCAAGGAUUGUGAAGGUUUGCCAAGAGAAAAGAAGGGAAAGCAUGAUGAACUUGCAGAUAGUCUUCCUUGUGCAGAAGGGGAGUUUAUCUUCCUUCGGCUGAAUGUCCUUCGAGAGUAUCUGGAAAGAGAACUCACCAUGGCCAGCUUACCAUUCCCAUUUGAUGUGGAGAGGAGCAUUGAUGACUGGGUGUUCAUGUGCUUCUUUGUGGGGAAUGAUUUCCUUCCUCACUUGCCAUCACUAGAGAUUAGGGAAGGUGCAAUUGAUCGUUUGGUUAACAUAUACAAAAACGUGGUACACAAAACUGGGGGUUACCUUACAGAAAGUGGUUAUGUCAAUCUGCAAAGAGUACAGAUGAUCAUGUUAGCAGUUGGUGAAGUUGAGGAUAGCAUUUUUAAAAAGAGAAAAGAUGAUGAGGACAGUUUUAGAAGACGACAGAAAGAAAAAAGAAAGAGGAUGAAGAGAGAUCAACCAGCUUUUACUCCUAGUGGAAUAUUAACACCUCAUGCCUUGGGUUCAAGAAAUUCACCAGGUUGUCAAGUAGCCAGUAAUCCAAGACAAGCAGCCUAUGAAAUGAGGAUGCAGAGAAACUCUAGUCCUUCAAUAUCUCCUAAUACAAGUUUUGCAUCUGAUGGCUCCCCAUCUCCACUAGGAGGAAUUAAGAGAAAAGCAGAAGACAGUGACAGUGAGCCAGAGCCAGAGGAUAACGUCAGGUUAUGGGAAGCUGGUUGGAAGCAACGAUACUACAAGAACAAAUUUGAUGUAGAUGCAGCUGAUGAGAAAUUCCGACGUAAGGUUGUUCAGUCCUACGUUGAAGGACUGUGCUGGGUUCUUCGCUAUUAUUACCAGGGCUGUGCUUCCUGGAAGUGGUAUUAUCCAUUCCAUUAUGCACCAUUUGCCUCAGACUUUGAAGGUAUUGCAGACAUGUCCUCUGAAUUUGAAAAGGGCACAAAACCGUUUAAGCCACUGGAACAACUAAUGGGGGUUUUCCCAGCUGCAAGUGGUAACUUUCUACCUCCAACAUGGCGGAAGCUCAUGAGUGACCCUGAUUCCAGUAUAAUUGACUUCUAUCCUGAAGAUUUUGCUAUUGAUUUGAAUGGGAAGAAAUAUGCAUGGCAAGGUGUUGCUCUAUUGCCAUUUGUGGAUGAGCGAAGGCUGCGAGCGGCUCUAGAAGAGGUGUACCCAGACCUCACUCCAGAAGAGAACAGGAGAAAUAGUCUUGGAGGUGAUGUUUUGUUUGUGGGAAAACUUCAUCCACUACGCGACUUCAUUUUAGAGCUGUAUCAGACGGGUUCCACAGAGCCAGUUGAUGUGCCACCUGAAUUGUGUCACGGGAUUCAAGGGACGUUUUCUUUGGAUGAAGAAGCCAUUCUUCCAGACCAAACAGUAUGUUCCCCUGUGCCCAUGUUGCGGGACCUGACACAGAACACUGCAGUCAGGGAGAAGUACAGACUUGAAAGCCAUGCUCAUAAGCCCAUCACAAACAAUCUGGCUCUGUCAAAUUUAUUGUGGACACUGCAUUAACCUGUGGGAGCUCAGUGUCUCAUUGGUGCCUCAGGCCAGUUGAUUACAUUCGUUUUCUUUUUGAAUUGUCACAGUUUUGUUCGUACUAGUUGGGUUUUCUUCAUUUUUCAAAGAUUUUACUACCUAGCCCUCUAGAAACAGUUAAUUCUACUCAAGCUUCUAAUUAGGAAAGAGAACGUUUCCUGAGAGAGUUACCGAUCAGUGGAUGAGUUUUGCAGUAUUUUGGGGUGAUAGAUGUUGCUCUGCGCGUUCAUUGUUUCUGAACCUGAAGGGCAUUAUAAUGUUUGAUAUGAAUGAGUCCCUGUGUUCAUUAAAUUUACAAAACAAAUCCAAGAUCUAGGUGCAAAUUCAGCUAUAUGUUGAAAGUUUAACUUCAAACAUGGAACUUUUUGAGUUAAUUUUGUAAAGAUUUGUGGAAAACUUGAGCUAAUUUUUAUCUUUCAAUGUAAUUUUCAGCAUUUUCUCUGAAAUGGUGUUGAGACCAUGGUCCAGUUUUCUACAGUGGUGUGUGUGUGUGUGUGUGUGUGUGUGUGUGUGUGUGUGUACAUACAUAUGCAAGUUGCAGUUAAAUUUGUUUGGUGAAUGAAGACCAAAAAAUAGAACUUUCCAGUCAGUGUCUAUCUACCUCCUGCUUGAGAAACUCUUUCCUCAGAUGGACUUUGGAUUGGUUCCUGUCAUAUCUGGUCUUAUCUUUAGUACUGAGAAAGUGUGUUAUUACACAAAUUACUAGGGUACUUCAAGUUCACGUCUUCAGGAAGGGUUAUUUUUCUUUUAAUUGGAUUGUGUAUGAAUGGAAUUUUAAAUGUAACGAUUACCACAGUAUUUAUAAGGCUCACAGCUGGCAGAUAGGUAACUAUGAAUCCAAAGCCUGAAGGAAGUGGAAUACACACACUCAGCAGCAGAUUGCAUGGUGGAAACCACUGGGGAGGGUUUAGCUGACACUGCCUGCAGUCCUUUGUAGGACACUGAACUAGAUAACUUCUCCUCAUAGAAUGUCACAAUUCUGCAAACUCUUUAAGUGCUUUAAAAUGUCAAGUGUAUGAAUCAUCAAAACUUCCCUGCAAGAAUAGUUUGCAUUGCCAUGCUGGGUUAGCAUUAAUCCCAGAGUGGAUAGGGAAAGGUAGAAGAAAAAUGAAGGUUGUCAUUUGGAGUUUUCUCCUUGCUUUGAAUAGAGUGCUCCCAUUCUUAAACAGUAAUGUUGAAAUAGCAUUUGUCAGAAUAAUUUCUUUUUGUUUUAAAAUUUGUUAUGAGACAUGCAGGUACAUGGUGAGCUCAGAGGGCGGGGUUGGGGAGGAGGUUGCACAAGCAUAUGUGUCGGUCAGAAGACAGCUCUAUGGAGUUGGGUCUUCUCUUCCACCUUCUUGUGGGUUUCAGAGAUUAAAUUCAGAUCACCAGGUUUGUGCAGUAAAUGCCUUUACCCUCUGCACCAUUUUGACAGCUCCUAAGAAUAACUCUUAAGAUGAACUAAGUCAGAAGAGAUGUCGUGCAUCUACAGGAUCUUCUAUGGUAUACAAAUAAACGUGUUAGUUCCUUAUUUUCAACGAUAUUUAGGAUCUACACUUUUAUUUAUUUCACCUCUAUCACAUUUGUGAGGAAGUUAAAAUGAAAUACAACUGGCAAGGAAGGGGUGUGUUAUACUCUCAGCUGGUAGGAGGAAACCAAUGUUGAAACAGCAUGGUUACAUCUAUGUUAGGUAAAAGCAGGUGAAAAUACUCUCAGGUGCAUAGAGUUGCAUGGAAUAAUGUAAAUCUCAACAUGGUUCUCUGACUUGGCUAAGCAGCCUAUUGAGUCUAUAGGCUGGCCUGGUUUAGGUGCUUUUGUUUAAGGCUUUGUGGCAAGGGUCCUACCAUACAGCUACAGGCCAUUUGUAUACUGUCUUUCCUUUUCCUUGGACUUAAAGUGAGGGUUCAGGUGUUCCUCUGCUUCCUCUUCCUAGAUAAAUUGUGCACACCUGGUUUCUGUUUCUGGUUGUGGAGAUUGUCGAUGGUCAUCUGUAUGUUUCUCUUCAGUGCUCUACCUGAACAAUUUAAAAAUAAUAAACCUGAGAGAAGUGAAGGACUCUGAAAUGUUUGGACCUGUAUAAAAGAUUAUCUGUAGCCAAAGAUAUAUCAGUCGGUAACUGUGCUUGCCAUUAAACCUGGAAGACUGGUUCGGUCUCAGAAGCCCACAUGGAAGUAGAGAACCAGAAAACUCCUACAAGCUGUCUCUGUCCUUCAUACUUGUGCCACAACCGUAUGUGUGCUGCUGCAUAAACAAACAUAUCAAUAGAUGAAAUGAUCUUUUAAAAGGCUUUUGAACUGAAAUAGAUUUUUUUUCCUCGUUGGAUCUUGCCUACUAGGUAUUUUGCUUUCAGAAAUAAGUUUGUGCUGUGGCUAACGUUACCACAUUGGAAAUUGCAUUUCUAAAAAAAAUAUGAAAGAACUUUUAAAGGAAUUAUUUAAAAUUUUAGAAGUCUUUAACUUUAGGAGAAAGACUAUUCUUAUUGUGGCCUCAGAUAUUCAAAGAAAAGAAUGAUUUAGUCUUUAAGAUUAUCCUUGCCCCCUGAAUUAGAAUGUCAAAAUUUACUUUUAGGUACUUUUUCUCUUUCUAAAUGAUUUGUACUAUCUUAAAUAUAAAAAUCAUUGUGUGGGUGUGGUUCUGAGAGGAGUUUGGGGAAUUUAUUUUCUAUAUUGGCUUAAAAAAUUUUUUCCUUCAGAGCAUAAGUAUGGAAGAUGAACAUUUUAAACACUUAAAGCAAUGGUACAUAAAGUCACUUGCAUGUGUUUUGUAAAUAAGUGUAUCUCUCUUCCCAAAUGCUAGUUUGAGCUCUUAACUAAAUCUCAUUGUUAUCUCAGUAAGUGCAUGCUGGAGCAUACCUUUAUUUCCAGAGCUUAGGAGGCAGAGGCAGGCAGAUUUCUUGAGUUUGAGGCCAGCCUUGUGUACAGAUUUAGAGGAAAUGAUCUUUCGCACCCCAGGACUGUUUUCUCUUCCUGGGAGCUUGUUCUUUUGCUGGUUUUCUUCAUUAUUCUAGUUUCAGGUCAUUCCACGGGUAACUUGCUGGUAUAUUUGCAUCUCAGCCUAUCAUUUGAACUUGAACAUCAUUCUGGUUUCAUCUCCACAUUGCACGUGCUUCCUGACGAGCUCCACAUUAUCUCAGAUGCCUAGUGAAGGCUCUUGCCUGAACUUUCUAGGUUUUUUCCACAUGAGAAUAAAGACUGGAGAGUUUAGACAUUUGUUGUAUGUGACUGUAGAAUAGUACUAGCUUUGUGUGUUCCUUGGGAGAAUUCGGUAAGUACAUUAUUUUUGUAGGGUUCACAGUUCUCAUAGAUCUUUAUUGAGAAGGACUACUUGAAUUAAAUUAAGCUUUUCAUGGUCUUGGGAAGAAGACCAUGCCUCUGUUCCCUCAAUUGAAACCUUGACCUGUGUUGACUGUGAGUGCACUGCAGGUGACGGUUCCGUACACGGCACAACUUUAAAAUUCCCUGUACAUGCAGUAUACCACUGUAUGCACCACAUUUCUUUAUCAUCAUUUUUGUACAAGGCCAUAUUAGUGACUGUAUCUUGUUUAUUGCGAAUAUUGCUGCAGUAGAUGUGGAGAUGUAGCCAUCUUUUUGUUUCUUUUAGUUUUAUACCUGGCAGUGGGAUUGCCUUAUAGGCAUUGUGUCUUUUAGGGUUUUUUGUUUGUUUGUUGUUGUUGUUUUGUUUUGCUUUAGAAUUGUAAACAUUUUUCCAUAAUGUAACUAUAACAUGUGUUCCCACAGUAGGUGAGAGUUCCUUUUCCACCCCGAGUACUCAGGAGGCUCAGGCAGGAAGAACAAGAGUUUAUGGCCAGUUGGGUUGUGUAUGUAGUGACCAGCAAUUAAACCUACUAGAAAAGGGAAAAUACUUCAGGAUUUGGAGUAGGCAAAGAUUAUUUUUUAAAAAUGAGAUCCUAAAUUCACAGACCACAAAAGCAGCAGCAGUAACACGAGCCUACUGUUUAAAAAAAUUAACCAUUUUUUAAAAUCCCCUUUCUAGAUCCUCAUCAACAUUUGUUACUUUUUGUCUUUUUAAUAGUUAAGCUGUAAUACUGAAUUGGAAGGACUUCUUCUGGUUGAUUUGAAUUCCUUGCUGACUUGUGACUCUGUUUCUCUCAUAUAAUUGCUAGCCAUUUGUCUUGUCUUUUGAGAGAUAUCCAAUAGCCUUUAAAUUUUGUCAUUUCAUUACAUAGUCUGGGUACUAUAGCUUCUGUCUGGUUAAUAGUUUGCAUAUACGUACUUCCAUUCAAUAAAUAAUCUUUGCCUACUCUAAAUCCUAAAGUAUAUUUCCUGUUCUAGUAGUUUAAUAAUCACUGGUCAUAUAUUUGUAUCUUUUGAGUUGUUUAAGGUGAAACAUGGUGGCUAGCUUUUAUUUUUCUGCAUAUGUAUAUACAUUUUCCCAACAUUUGUUGAGCAUUGUAUGUUCUUGAUACCUUUGUCAAACUCAGGUGGCUGUGAAGACACCAAUUAAUUUCUAGAGUUUUUGUCAUGGUCUGCUGGUUUCUGUGUCUGCAUUUUGAAGUCAAAGUCUGUGGCACGUCAGCUUUGUUUGGUUUUGCUCAGGAUGCUUUAUUUGCUAUGGAUCCCAUGUUGUUUAUGUGAUUAUUCUUCAUAAUACUAUGAAGAAUGGUAUUUGUAGUUUCAUGGCUAUUGUUUUAUACCUUUAGACUGCUUUUGGUAAUAUGAACAUUGUAGCAAUAUUAAAGGCUCUGUUUCUUGAGCUUGGGAUAUAUCUCUACCUUUUUGUAUAUCGUGAACUUUUUGUCACUGUCAGCAUUUUGAUAGCAGAUAUAUUUUACUUUCUUAGUUUAAUUUAUUCCUAGUUUUUCCUCCUGUAAAACAUUGAAUAUUGGGGAUGAUAUGGCCUCUAAAAAAUGUUUUUUAUGUGUGUGUGCUUGAAUGUUUGUGCAAGUACCUGAGGAUGUUAGAAAGAGAUGCUGGAUCCUCUGGAACUAGAGUUAUAGUGGUUGUGAGCUGCCUGGUGUGGGUACAGGUCCUCUGCAAAGAGCAGCAAGUGCCUUUAACUACUGAGCCAUUUCUUUUAGCCAUAUGAGACUGCUUUUUAAAAUUUGUUUUUCAGCAAGAGUUUGUUAGUAAUUGGGGGUUGGGGGGUAUUGUCUCUUUGUCUCUUUGUCCCCCCUCUUUUCUCUCUCUUUCUCAUUGUGUGUGUGUGUGUUGAUUUUUAUAUCCUGUAUCUUUACUAAGUCUAUCAGUUCCAUUGGGGUUUUGGGUCUUCAGGGAAUUCUCUAUAUAAGAGCAUUUAAUCUGACAGCAGUGUUAGCUGGCUUAUGAGGUUUUUCUACUUGGGAUGACAUUUAUCUCUUUGUCUUACUUUAUUACCAUAGCAAAAUUAUGUUAGAUAUGAGUGUUGAUCUUUGUAUUUUUCCAUCUAUCAGAGGAAACACUCAACCUUUUCCCUUUAAAGCUUAAAGUUGGUUGUGCUUUUUCAUACAUAGCCUUUGUUAUGUUGACAUAUUUUCCUGCUAUGCCUACCAUACUGAGGGUUUUUAUCAUGAAAGAAUGUUGGAUUUUAUUGGGUGCAUUUAUUAAGAGGAUCAUACUGUUUUGCCUUUCACUUUGUUAAUGUAAUGCUGCCUUAGUUACUUUCUUAUUGCUAUGAUAGAAUCCCUGAAAUAAGAGGAUAGAUUAUUUGAGCUUACGGUUUUAAAUAAUUUGGGCCAUAGCUGUUUGGCCUCACAAACUUGGGCAAAACAUUAUGAUAAUGGAAAUGUGAAGCAGAGGAGAGUUGUUUUAUUUCAUGACUAACCAAGAAACAAAAUGUUUUAGGAAGUAGCCAUAAAUGCAUAUUCACAAGGACCCGCUCCCCAGUGACCGGCUUCCUCCAGGUAGUCACUUCCUGGUUUCUACAACCUCCACAAAUGGUGUAACCAUGCAGUAGUGAUCAGAGUUCAAAUCAUGAGUGUAUGAAGGACAUUACAUAUUCAAACCGUCCCAGAGGCACUACCUUUAUUGACUUGUAAGAAUGUUCUUGCAUCUCUGGGAUAAACCCUACCCGAUCACGAUGUUUGAUAUUUUUGAUGUGCUGUCAGAAUCGGCUUGACAGGAUUUUGUUGACAAUUUUUAUAUAUGUGUUCAUCAGAAAUACUGGUUUGUAUACUACUUUUGCGAUAUGUCUUUAUGUAACUUGGUGUUUGAUUAAUUCUAGCCCCAUAGAAUAAAUUUUGACAUAGUCUCUUUUUUCAGUCUUUUGGAAUGGUUUGAGUAAGAUUGGUUUUAAUUUCAGGUGUUUUGUAGAUUUCUGCAAUAUCCUUUUCUGCCACUCCAUAAUUAGUCUCAUUUAUUGUACCUUAAGUUGCAGCCCCUUGUGUUUUCCUUGAUUGCCUGAUAAAAGAAUUCUCUUGUUCCCUUCCCCCUUCCCCCUCCCUCAUUCAUGUAUACCUUGGUUUAUAGGAGGCAGGUGAACACAUAGCUUUAACUUGUCAUCUGUUCUGUGUCUUUUUUUUUUUUUUUUUUUUUUUGGUUUUUGGUUUUUCGAGACAGGGUUUCUCUGUGUAGCUCUGGCUGUCCUGGAACCAGGCUGGCCUUGAACUCAGAAAUCCGCCUGCCUCUGCCUCCCAGGUGCUGGGAUUAAAAGCGUGUGCCACCACGCCCGGCUUGUUCUGUGUCUUUUAUUGCAUGUCUACUCUCCUUAUUUGUAAGACAACUAAGAAACAUUCUUUAUUUCUCAGUUUAGAAGGGGAGAUAGCUUGGUGCCUAAUCAGUGUCCAGACUGCCACCCUGAUGUGUGUAUAAUUGGAAACCUAGCAGAUUGGAAACAUACUGGAGGAAGUAAGUCAGCUGUUAGGAGACUGAGUACCUGAGAGAGUAUAUAGCAGUGUUUCCCUCCUUGUGUUUGCAAAGCCCCAGUGACAGCAAACACAUAAUUUCUGUGUUCAGUACACUAUUCUGAGACAUUUUACUGCUGGUCCUGUUUUGCCCUCCUUCCACUUAGCCUAGUAAGACACACUAGGGAUAAAAAGAGUUGUAAGUAAACGGAAGAUGAACCAACUGACUAAAUCAAGUAUUGUUCAGUGGUUUCUUGUACUUGUGCUAAUUUUUAUUUUUAGUGUGAUUUAUGUAUUUAAAAUACACAAUUGAGGUCUCAGUAUGGGUAAGUUUUUUUUUCUGUAACACAUGGAUCCUAAUUGUAAAAAUGGUGAUACUGAACAAGAAAGAAAAGAAUUAGCUGACUCAAAAUAUCAGCUAAAUGAUUCAGUUAAAAAAAUUACUGACUAUAACAACCUCAAUCAUAAGAGUAAUUUAGAAAAA